CGGCAAUUGUUAUUAAAUGUGCAAAAUUCAGCAAACACAUUGAUACAAACCUCAGAAAACACAAGCCAAGAUCUGAAAACGGACAUCAAUGGAAUGGAAUGGAAUUUUUUGAAUUGAAAAACAUGGCAAGAUGAACCGAGAACGGAUCAAACGGAAACAAAACACUCAACAACAAGAAGUACAAAAUGUUAAAUAUGUAUCUAUAAUUUACAAUUACGUUUUAUAUUACUCUCUAAUUUACACGCUUACUCAACGGAAAAUAGCUAACUAUUAUUACAAUCGUCCUCGAACACACAAUAAAACUAGAUCAAAAGGCGGAAUUAUUACUUUAGCUACAAUAAAAUGUCACCUUUUGCAAUUAUUUUUGUUCUCUCCUUUAUUGUUUCACAUCGAAAUCAGCAAAAUGGUUAAAAUAGCCGCAUAUACCCAUAUUAAAUUGAAAAGAAAAGUGUCAUUGCAGAAAUGGAUAAAGAAAAUAGUAAUAUAAAUGAUAUAUUUAUUCAUAUAAAUGUAUUUGAAAAUGUGAACAAAAGAAUACCAACAAUAAAACACAAUUUAAUAAACAAUGUGAAAGUCAUGUGUGUGAUUUUCUUAAACAUUUGAAAAUUCAGUAGCCUUGCAGUAAGAAAUAGUAAUUCAGAACACACAAUUUCGAAAUGGAGGAGUUAAUGAGGCAAAAGCUGCCCAACGGCCACAAAUGCGAAAGGCAGGAACUCACCUGCAGCGUUUUAUUUACCAAUCCCAAGUUCAAUGCCCAGAAGUCAUCCACAAGUGACGAAAUCAAGUCGGUUGCGCGGCUGGUAUCGAAGACGGAGGAUCUCGCAGUGGACAGAGUGUUCAGGAAGAUUUCUAAGAAUGGUGUCGAGGAGUCCACCUCUCUCAAUCGAUCCCUCUUCGAGUUCGGCCAUAAUUUCGAGGAUGCCGACGGCUGGCUGCAAUUGGAGCAGCCUUCCAAGGAUCACUUGGCUUCAGUGCUACGCUAUAUGUUCGAGUCGCAUCUGAAGACCACUGUGCAUAUUGAAAUUAACCAGAUGUACUUCAAUUGCCACUUCAUCGUGCUACAGGUGUACUCGCGCUUCUUCAGCGAUCUGGAGAAUAUUCCGCUGCUUGUCACCCUGCCCGAGAAUAUCGUCUCCCAGAAGGCCUUCAUGCUCAUCUACAAGUGGAUGCUCAGCGAUGAUCCCGUCCUGGAGCUGCCCCAUAUCGUGGAAGUCUUUGUGGCCGCCACUUACUUGAGGAUCAAUGAGCUGCAAGCGCAUUGCUGGAAAUAUUUCGAUGAUGAGGAGUGCUUUAACGAGGAUACGGCUUGCGUCCUAUAUGUGGAGACGAAGGACAAUCCCGCCAUGGAUGUGGUCUGCAAUGUGAUGCUGACUAGGAUCCGCAAGUUUCUGCUCACCUUUGUGGCCACCAAGGAUUUCCUGGACCUGUCCUUCUCCCACCUGAUCUUCCUGCUCGAUUCCGAUCAAGUCUGUGUGAACACCGAGAUUGAGAUUCUUUUUAUAGCUGUUCGCUGGCUGGGUCACAAUUGGAGACAAAGAAAAGGGCGUCUGCUGAGUCUAGUGUCCUGUAUUCGAUUCAGCCUGAUGCCAUUGUGGUAUCUUCUGUAUGUGCGGCGGGAAGAGGAUCACCCGUUGGUGAUAGAGCUCAUUUCCCAACCGAAGGUGGAGCACCAGAUCAACGAAUCCAUUUCGAAAAUAACGUCGCGAAUGUACGAAGAGAAAAUGACUGCUUUGGAGGGCAAUGUACUGAAUGAGGAGAAUGCUAAUGAUUCGAGACAGCGCAACUGGAUUUGCGAUAGCUUGUGCACCUAUUAUCACGAUGCGGGCUGCCCCAAUACCCGGGAAAUUCGCUUCAAACACUUUGAGGAUUAUCUUUCGCAAAUACAACAGAGCUCCAAAGAUCACUGGUCCAAGGUCGAAAGGCAGGACCCGAGUAAUAAGACUGAUUGUUGCAGUUUAAAGAAGACAAAAUCAAGCGAAUUUGUCGCCGAAUAAGAAUUCCAUUUAAAAAGUAACGGCUGUUUCAAGUUCGCGGGCUUGAGUUUGUGCUAGUAUAACAACUUAGCACACUUUUCUGUUAUACAAAGCGCACUUUAUUCGUUUGCUAUUAGUGAAACCAUAAGCAAAGCUCUCAUUUAUUGUGUUAU